AUGCUGCUACGGCGAUGUCGCAAUGUCCAUAAUCCCACGGAAGAAUCUGAAAACGAUUUGGGUUUGGCUGAGAAUGUGGAUGCAUUGAUUCCUCCAUACGUUGUUCCAUCUACUGGUGCUCAAGUCUCGUUGUCGUCAGCUAUAGGACUAGUGAAUAGGUACUGUGCAAAGCUGCCAUCUGAUAUUUUUACUCGCCUUGUACCUCAGAAUCGUCUCAUAGCUGUGAAUUUCCAUGGAGUUACGUUGUAUAAAGCUGAGCUCUUGCUACCCAUUAACUCACCUAUCAAACGGCCAAUCACGUUAGAAACGCCCAUGGAGAGCAAGAAAUUAGCUCAAAUGGCUGUAGCACUAGAGGCAUGCCGAGUCCUGCAUCAAAACGGGGAAUUAAAUGACCAUCUUCUCCCUGUUGGGCGUGAAUCCAUAGCAGAACUCCUCAACCAGCUAGAUGAGGACCCGGAUGAAUGGGCACCAGGAUUAUCAGCGAAAGUGGGUUCGGCAAGAAGGAAGCAGCUCUAUGACAAGAGGGUUGCAACAGCUCUCCAUGAGGCUUUGCCGGUGAAAGGAGAGCCGUGCUACAUCUACGUUAUGGAACUGGAACUUCUUAAAGAGCCAUCACCAGAAUCGAACCCCAAACGUCGUCGAUUUGCUAAUCCUCUUGAUUACGAGUAUCUGUUUGGUUUUCUCAGUUCAAAGAUUUUACCGAAGAUCCCUCCAUUUGCUGCAUAUCUACGUCAAGGCGACAUGCGGGUACAUCUUGUUAGAGCUUCUACUCAGGUUACGCUAAAUAGCCAGAAUCUCACUAUGAUCAAACACUUUCAUCAUUAUAUCUUUAAAAAUGUGUUGCAAUUGUGUAAAGCUAAUUUGGAUUUUCAUAUGGACUCUUCUACACCUAUAAAUACGCUGAUCGUUCCUUUACAUAGAACGGCAUCCAUUUUCAAUGACAAAUUUGAGUACAGCAUCAAUAUGAAAUAUGUUGAGGAAGUUGUGAAUAUGAUGGGGGAAACACCUAGAGUUCCUGAUGAAGAAGAACGGAGAAAUUUCAAUCCACUAAACUAUAAAGAUGCUGUUGUGAUGCCAUGGUAUAGAAAUUUGGAACAACCAGUAUUUUACUAUGUUGCUGAGAUCCUUGAGAACCUCACACCAUCGUCUCCGUUUCCUGAUGAAGAGUACUCUUCAUUCAAUGAGUAUUUCAUUAAGAAGUACAAUUUGGAGAUCUAUGAUCAGACACAACAUUUGCUGGAUGUAGACUUUACCUCAAACCGCUUAAACUUGCUGUUACCUCGAGCUGGUGGUGGUAGAAGGAAAGCUGCAACGGCAAAACCUGAGGACAGCACAGCUCUGUCGAGACAACGUCAGAUUUACGUCCCCGAACUAAUGGAUCGCCAUCCCAUCUCAGCAACAUUGUGGAAUCUAAUUUCCGCACUACCCAGCUUCUUCUAUCGCAUCAAUCACCUUCUGCUGGCAGAUGAGCUCCGCCAAAGAAUUUUAGUAGAUGCCUUAGGCUAUACCAAGGAGGGUGCAGUAGUACCUGAUAACUAUGAAUGGGCGCCGCUGUCAUAUCCUGCCACUUAUGAAGAGAAACAAUCACUCAUUGUUACAAAAAUCCAACAGCUUAGAGAGCAAAACCGUGCUAGUGAAAUCGCUGCAGGACUAGCGAAAGAUCAAAUAGAGGACGAGAACACGUUUGAAGUAGGAGUUUGGGUGCCAGUUGUAGUUGACCCGGUAAACGAUGAGAACAUGCCGCCAGCGAAUUAUACUGCAGGAGAUUCUUUUGAUACUGUGAGUUGUCUUCCUGCCAACUUUUGA